AUGCGAUCUUUCCUCGACAAAAUCCGUCGUUACGCCUCGGUCAUUACUUAUAUUGAGAGUUUCGGAUUUCAGCGCUUGGCCGAAGAGGAACGUGAGCAACUUGACGGGUUUUUUCGAAAUACUCAAAUUCUCCCCUUGACCGAUGGCAUCGCCGGUCAAACCAUCACCCUCCGCCAGCAGCGGCGCAUGGGCCUUGGAGACGCCAUCAUCGCCGCCACCGCUAUAACCCACAAUCUGGCCCUCGUCACCCACAAUACAGAGGACUUUCGCUGGAUCGCCGGACUAGAACUGCUGGACCCUCUCGAAAUUUAA